AUGGCGCAGAACUUGCGAGACCAGGGCGGUUUAGCGGAGAUCGCCCGCAUGCUUCAGGCGGCGCGACAGACGGGCGACGAGGGCGUGGUGAAGGAGACGACGCCGAUCGCGAUGACGCGCACGCGCGAGCGCGCGAGCGAGGCGCUGCCGUCGCGCGAACCGAAGGCGAAAAAGGCGAAAAAGGAAAAGAAGAGCAAAAAGGAAAAGGAGAAAAAGGAGAAGAGUAAAAAGGCGCGGAGGAAGACGCCGAGCGCGAGCGACGAUGACGAUGACGACGACGACGACGAAAAAGAAGCGAUGGAUACGGUCAUGUCGACGCGUGAGAGGUCGGCUUCGGCGGGGACGACGAGCGAAGAGGAGGAGUCGAGCGCGGACGAGUCGUCGGACGCGAGCGAAGACGAAGCGACGGUCGGAGAGGACGACGCGAGCGAAGAGUUCAGGCGCGCGAGAGAGGCUCUGAGAGCCGCUGUUGAUAGAUACACGACGACGGAGUGCUUAAGCGCGAGCUCGAGGGCGAAGUUAGAGAAAGAUGGGAAGGAAGAGGUGAUGGAAAAGGCGUGCAAGGAACUCAGUAUGCGCGUCGGCGCGGUUAUUAAAAAGGCGCUGCGAAAGAAUUUAUCCCUCAUGGGCGCGCGAGAUACGUUGCUGGAGACGAGCUUGUCCUUAGAAGAUGAUUUACGCGCGCGAAAGUCGUCGAACGUCAUGGUUGAUCACAUGGAUCCGGCAAACUUUCAGUGUCGAAUGUGGGACUCGAUCGCCAAACACGACAACGUGGUCUUUGGGCGCGCGCAGGCGGCGAUGGAUGCCUUGGAGAAGCAGGAAUCUACCGCGGGUGCGACUGGUGGUGACGACGACGACGACGCCACAGAGUUUGCAAAGAUGUAUCGUGAGGCGUUCAUCGAGGCGUACGGCGAAGAUAUAGAGGCGCUACGGAAAGACGAAAAGACAAACGUUUCAGUGAUUUUGCGCGCCAUCCAAACCGGAGUCGACAUCGUCCCCGAGCUGCAAAAGCAGCUUCACUUGCAAUGGGCCACGCUUAAGGCGAAAUCGGCGUCAAAUAGCUAG